GUCCUGCGGCCCGCACAGCGCCAUGACAGAGGUGGAGGAGACGCUGAAGAGGAUCCAGAGUCACAAAGGGGUCAUUGGAACCAUGGUCGUCAAUGCGGAAGGUAAACCUCUGAAGAGUGAGUUGCAUAAUGAUGGGCUAACAUUAUCACAGUACACUGCUGUACUGGUGCACAACUUCCAAAUGAAGGCCAGGAGCACAGUCCGAGACAUCGACCCACAGAACGACCUCACCUUUCUCCGAAUCCGGUCCAAGAAACAUGAGAUCAUGGUUGCUCCAGAUAAGGAGUACCUCCUGAUCGUCAUCCAGAACCCAUGCGAAUAGACCUGCUCUCCCGCCACGCCUGUCCUGCCCUUGAGUGACGGCUCCAAAUGGACGCCCGUCAAAGUGAUCUUUUGGACUCUAUUUUCUACGUUUACAUUGCAACCGUUCCUCCUGUCCCACACUGACUGUAUUGUAGCAUUGUACCUCAGCUGUGUAAUAAACAAACCCCGGUGUUGUGCCUGCAAA